AUGGUGUGUGUCAGUACCGCUGCAGACAUGCUUGACCUGGGGAUCCCUGCUAUGACAAAGUGCUGUAACCAGCUCGACAUGUGCUAUGACACUUGCGGCACAAACAAGUAUGACUGUGACUCAGAGUUUCGCUUGUGUCUGCAUGGCAUCUGCGCCGACCUGAAGAAGAGUCUGGGCUUCGUGUCGAAGGUGCAAGCCUGUGAGUCAAUGGCGGAUGCUCUCCACGGCACAGUGGGGACUCUAGGUUGCAGGCCUUACAUGAACAGCCAGAGGGCAGCGUGUGUCUGCAAGGGAGAGGAGAGGGAUGAACUGUGA